CCAUCAUCCAUCUCUUGAUCUCUCUUGAUCUCUCUUGAUCUCUCUCAACUCUUCUCUGUUGCUCCAAUCAUGAAGCACACUCCACGACACGUCGCACUCGCCAUCCCCUUCUGCCCCGCAACCCAACGCGUCCUCCUCAUCACCUCGCGCAAACAUCCAAACCUCUGGAUCCUUCCAAAGGGCGGCGUCGAUGACGGCGAGACCUCGGGUCAAGCGGCGGCCCGCGAAGCGCGCGAGGAAGGCGGCCUCCCGACGCCCCGCGCGGUCUCAGACGAGCUGAGCGUGCUCGAGCCCCUCCCUGGACCCGGAAAGCGCCCGGAGAUCUGGCACGCGCACGCACUCGAGAUGGCGAGCGAGGAUCUCGACGACGAGUGGGACGAGAAGGGCCAGCGCGAACGGCGCUGGUUUACCGCCAAAGACGCGAUCAAGGCGAUUGAGAAGUGGGGGCCGCUGCUCGACGCCGAGGGGGAUAUGAGCCGCGGCGCGCCAAAGAAGAAGGCGGUGAAGGGGGACACGAUGCUGCGGGCGUUCCAGGCGUUCGUCGUGAGGUAUGGGUGGGAGGCGUAGGGGUGCAAUGGGGCCGACUAGGUCGCGACAGAGAGCUGUGAUAACUGUCAUGAGUUUUUGCACGCGGUGUCACGAGGAUCUACUGUGGCUAUAGGCGUUCUGUCGACUAUAAUCGAUCAUAGAAUGUGCAUGCAAGAUUAGGCAUCGGCC